AUGAUUCGGGGCGACAUCUGUUGCUUGGUUGCUGGUGUGGGAUUCGCAGUGAACUAUCUGCCGGUGAAGAGUUGCAACACUGGUGAUGGAAUCUUCUUUUGUGCGGCAAUGUCAGUGGGAAUCCUUUUCGUCGGCCUUCUGACUGGCAUGUUCUUGACCAGCACACAAGGACUUACCAUUCCUGCAUUCGAGCCACUCGCUGCACUGGGCGGAGCGUUGUGGAUGCUUGGGAAUCUCAUGUGUCCCAGGAUCAUCCAAAUGAUUGGACUUGGUCUUGGUUUGACGAUGUGGGAUUUGAGCAACAUGCUGGUUGGCUGGCUCAUCGGCCGCUUUGGCCUCUUCGGCAUCAAGAAGGACGAGAUCGACGAGCCAACCCUGAACCUGAUAGGAUUGAUCCUCGCCAGCGUGUCCUUGGUCUUUUUCUCCUUGUCCUCAGUCAUGAACAAUCCCGAGGUGGCUGAGAAGUCUCUCACAUUCAAAGCCAAAGACAAUGACGAGUUUAGUUGUCAAUCAACUGAACACGAACCCGACCCUGAGCGGACCCCACACCAGGAAGCAGACCUUGAAAGACUUCCGGAAGAAACCACCUUCUUCCAGCUCUUCCUGGGUUCCAUGAUGUCUAUCAUCGCAGGCAGCCUGUUCGGGACCACGUUUGUGCUGCCGGUGGCUCUCAAGGAGGGCAGCCUAGGAGGUCAUCACAGCGCCUACAUCAUGGACUAUGUCUUUAGUCACUUCAUUGGUAUUUUCCUCACCUCCACGACCGCUCUGCUCAUCUACGUUGGGACCAUGAGGAAGAACGCCUACACGCCUUGCAACAUCGUUGUGCCCGCAAUUUGGUCUGGGGUGAUCUGGGGCAUCGCUCAGGUCGCCUGGUUUCAGGCCAACUUGGACUUGGGCUUUUCGGUUGCCUUCCCAGUGGUUGCAAGCUUGCCUGGAGUCAUCGGGUAG